UAUUUCUUAAAAACUUUAAAAUAAAUAAAUAUAAUUAAAAAAACUAAUUUUCAAGUAGUAAUAAAUUUUCGAAAUGGGCUGGUGCGAAUUUUUCGUAAAAUGGCUGCUUUAUGUCUUCAAUCUGCUGGCUGUGAUAGUCGGCAUUUUACUCAUCAUUCUCGGCAGUUUGGUAUUGGAGGGCGUUGGUGAUUUGAAAUCGGAUAGUGGCAUUACAUACGAUAUCAAUGCCAUACCAAUAAUCGUUAUAGUUUUGGGUUCUAUAAUUUUUAUUGUAUCAUUUUUCGGUUGCUGUGGUGCACUCAGAGAGAUCAAUUGGUGUUUGUUAUUGUACGCGCUUUUCAUGUUCAUACUGAUGUGUCUGCAGAUAGCACUUGUCGUCUGGGUAUUCUGUGAGAAAGAUCAAUUUCUCAAUUCGAUGAAUACGAUUGUACGUAAUGCUUUCGAUAAUAGAAAUACUGAAGCUGACGAGACAAUGAAUAUACUACAAAUUACCUUCAGUUGCUGUGGAUAUAAUAAUUACACGGAUUAUAGCGGUUCAGUGCCGCCUUCUUGCUGUGGCUUCGAAGAAACCGGCGCACCAUGUCCGGCCACCAUUUACACCGCAAAACCGGGUUGCCAAGCUGCAUUUUAUGACUUCUGGGAUGAUAAUUUGGCGUAUGUGAAAAUCGGUGGCAUUGUUGUGAUUGUCAUUGAGUUCUUGGCUUUGGUAGCUGGCUGUGGACUAGCCGGUUGUAUGCGACGAUCAAGCAAUAGAAAUCUGGCUUGAUGAGUUAAUGAGUUUGGGGGAAUUCAAUAAAGGAAAUACAUACGUAUAUAUAUGUUUACAAUACGUACAUUCAUUCUCCCAACCAUAAA